AUGGAUCACCAACACUAUCAACCAAUCUGGCCGCUGGUUGAGGGCACAUAUGACUACACAAUGAACCUGGCCGCCGAGCUUUGGACUAUGAUAUGGCCUGCGGGUGAAGCCCACCAAGAAAAUGCCAAGAGAGAAGUCGCCUCGAAUGCCACAAAGAAAGAGAAGAUUGCAGCUCGUCCAGAUACAGCAAGUACCGCUGGUGUAAACAAUGCAAGCAGCGCAUCAGUCAAGUGUCCCCCGAACCUAGGACAGCCAGGCAAGUAUCAUGCGGUUGCAGCGACGACACAGAAUGUACGGUAUCGGGAUUUGGGAAUUGUCGGGGAAUGA